AUGGUACAAGGAGAGAUCAACGAGGCUGCGCAGAAGGACAGCUCAAGCUACGUAGACACAUUCAAGGACGUGGUUAAAAGCGCCGAAGAUGUCCGUACAUUUGUAGACAUCAGCAACAUGGGCAUGCCGCCCACCAACAAGAAUGACUUGAAAAGACGCGUGUCCGCUAAUUUUGACCGCUUUAAAGGCAACUACCUCAUAAUAUCGUUCGUGUUCAUCGCUAUAUUCCUCAUCAGACAGCUUUCUGCACUGUUUGUGCUUGUGCUGUGGGCCGGUUACUUCUUUGCCGUGGACCACUUCGGCGAGAAGUUCACAGUUGGUAAUUACGAGCUCAAGAACGAGUACGUUAUGUACUUUUGCAUUGUUCUUACUGUUGUGUACCUCAUCGUGUUUAAUACGAUUAUUGUGUCCUUGAUGGUCACACUGUCACUGUACAUGGUGCUGGUUAUUGCACACACGCUAUGCUACAAGGAUGAGCCGUCGCUUGAGGAUAUUUAGGCGGGUCUUUUGGUGUAGAAAAUAAAGGAACUUUAAAUAAAAGGGGCGUAGAACGGCA